GACCCCAACACUGUUCCUCCUCAACUCACCGUAUCUGAUGAUCUGACCAGUGUGAGACACAGUGAUUAGAAACAGAAACUUCCUGAUAAUCCAGAGAGAUUUGAUGAAUAUCGCUGCAUCCUGGGCUCUGAGGGCUUUAACUCAGGGACACACUGCUGGGAUGUUGAAGUUGGAGACUGUACAGUCUGGAUUGUGGGUGUGAUGACAGAAUCUGCUAAGAGGAAGGGGAAAGUAUACUCCAGAAAUGGAGUAUGGUAUGUGUUAUAUUAUAAAGGUAAAUAUAGAGCACGUUCUACACCACAGCCAUUCACUCUCCUCUCAGUAGCACAGAAACUCCAGAGGAUCAGAGUGCAGCUGGACUGGGACAGAGGAAAGCUGUCAUUCUCUGACCUUCUCACUAACACACACAUACGCACUUUCACACACACAUUUACUGACAAAUUACUGCCAUUCCUAGAUAUAUUUGGUACAAAAGCUCAUCUAAAGAUGCUCCCACUUCAGUGCUCUGUAAGAGUGAAUCAGAUCAGUUAGAGCUGAUAUUGUUUUAUUCCAGUUCAUUAAUGAAAUAUUGCAGAUUAAAAGAUUCAUAUUCUUUUUGAAAGUUUUUUUUUUUUUUAACUGAAGCCUUAACUGUAGGUUAUUUUGACUCAAUUCAAAAUUGUGAUAGAAUACACUAUAUGGACAAAAGUAUGUGGACACCUGACAAAUAUGCUUGUUGAAUAUCACAUUCCAAUACCAUGGACAUUAAUUUGGAGUUCGUCACCCCUUUGUUGUUAUUAAUAACCUCCACUCUUCUGGGAAGUCUUUGCACUAGAUUUUGGAGUGCAGCUGUGAGGAUUUGUGUUCAUUCAGCCACAAGAGCAUUAGUGAGGUCAAACACUGAUGUUAUGUUUUAGUUAGUCAAGGAGAAAGGGAAGCACUUCUUGUGUGUUUAUCUUUAUUUUAUGUAUAGAGGUAAGGUAGCUUCUUCCUGUACUGUUG